UACAGUUUGAGUUUACACAACAUUCAACACACUGUUCAACAUAACCUAACCUGUAACUUAUUAUUGGAAUAAAUUCGAAACAAAAACCGAAACGUAUACAUAUCAAUGAUAAGUUAAAAGUGAAUUAUUAUUAGUAUUUUACAGUUUUAUUUGAUUAAAAUGGAUAGUGCAGAUAAACUUAGAGAUCAUGCUCGUUUAGCUGUUGUCGAGUCAAGACUAACAAGUCGAGAAAACAUUCUAAAAAACAAAAGAAAAUCUUUGCAGGACGUUGUAGACAACGGGAGGCUGAUAAAGAAUGAAGAAGUAACUAUUCUAGCAAACAAGUUAAAAACUAAGUCGUUAGUUCAAUUUGAAGAUUUAGCAUUACUGAAAAUAGCAUUUGUUCAAAGUUCUCAUAAUAUUGUAGCCUUUCUCAAAGUAAAAGGUGCCCUUCAUGGUUUAGUAAGAGAGUUUUCAAGUGCAAAACCUAAUUUUGAGCUGUUAGCAGCUGAAUGUAUCUGUAAUUUGGCACUUGGUGAUGCAAAAUCUUGUUUUAUUGUUGCUAAAGCAGCUGGACCUUAUCUGUUAACUACCUUAAGCGGAUUCAAUGACAAUCUGAAGGCAAUAAGUGUUUGGGCAUUAGGAAAUCUAGUCGGAAGUGACGAGAAGACGUGGAAGAUUGUACAUUCCCAAGGACUCAUGGGGAAACUAUUGCAAUUAGUAUCAGAAAAUGAUAAUCUGCCAGAUAUGAGAGAAGAUCUAAUACACAAUUCACUAACUACUUUGACUCAAUUUCUUCGAGUUGGAGCCCAACAUUUGACGGCUGAAGAAAUACAAGACACCACAAAUACUAUUGUCAGACUGAAGAACUCUACAAGCGAAGAGCUUGUCAAGUCUAUCUAUCUAUUAUCGUGUAUGGAAGCAUCAGAACCUCAACUAAUUAACCAUAAAUUACACCUGAAAUGCUUAAAUUUCCUGGUAGACGAGGACAUUACUGUUGAAACAGUUUUGAAAUUCACUGCUUGUGUCAGAAUUAUUGCUAAUCUAGCUGCGGAAAAUUCUGGGGUUUGUGCUCUGGAAAUAAUUACACAUUGGAAAAGUGUUCAAAGGAUAAUUCAGAAGAUUUCUCUAGCCACUUAUACACAUUUGAGGAUCGAACUUGGAUGGCUUCUUGGUAAUAUUGUUAACCACUCUUCAGCACAAGUUCAGAAUGAAAUAGCCAAAUUCAGUAAUGAUAUCCUACAGUAUGAUUCAAAAUGCUUAUUUUUACCACUCAACAGUGUUGUAAGCUGUGAUUAGAUUAGAGCUUCGAGUCUGAAAACUAAUAAAGGAGCUUAAAUACGA